UUGCGCUUGACGAGCUGCUGCAUCGACCUUGGUUAGCUGAAGAUGGCAGGGAAUGCAUGGAGGUCAGCGAUUCUUAAUCUACUAAAACAGUGGGGUUUGUCGCUCACUGGCAAGGAUAAAAUCAAGGCUAAGGAAGCAUCACGGGUGGUGGGAGCUUUGAGGAAAGAGACUCCACAACCCAGGACGUUCAUGCGUGGGAUUCAUACCGUUACGUUAAUCCCCGGUGAUGGGAUUGGUCCAGAGAUCUCCACUGCUGUCAUGAAGAUAUUUGAAGUAGCUAAAGCACCUAUUCAGUGGGAGGAGAGAAAUGUUACAGCCAUCCAAGGACCUGGUGGCAAGUGGAUGAUCCCUCCUGAUGCCAAAGAAUCAAUGGACAGGAACAAAAUUGGCCUAAAAGGUCCUUUGAAGACACCGAUAGCUGCUGGCCAUCCCUCCAUGAACCUGCUGCUGAGGAAAACCUUUGACCUCUAUGCCAACGUGCGCCCCUGUGUGUCCAUUGAGGGCUACAAGACCCCCUACACUGAUGUGAACCUGGUCACCAUCAGGGAGAACACUGAGGGAGAAUACAGUGGGAUUGAACAUCAGAUUGUUGAUGGAGUUGUACAGAGUAUUAAGCUCAUUACAGAGCAAGCCAGCCAACGCAUCGCAGAGUAUGCUUUUGAAUAUGCCAGAAAUAAUCAGAGGGCCAGUGUUGUUGCUGUUCAUAAGGCCAAUAUUAUGCGCAUGUCUGACGGGCUUUUCUUACGGAAAUGCAGAGAAGCUGCUGAAAUGCACAAAGAUGUGAAAUUCACUGAGAUGUACUUGGACACUGUGUGCCUUAAUAUGGUACAGGAUCCCACACAGUUUGAUAUAUUAGUGAUGCCAAAUUUGUAUGGAGACAUUUUGAGUGAUCUUUGUGCCGGACUUAUUGGAGGUCUUGGAGUGACUCCUAGUGGAAACAUUGGCGCUAAUGGUGUUGCCAUAUUUGAGUCGGUUCAUGGAACUGCCCCAGAUAUAGCAGGGAAAGACAUGGCCAACCCCACCGCCUUGCUGCUCAGUGCAGUGAUGAUGCUGCGUCACAUGGGCCUGCACGGCCACGCCAAGACGAUUGAAGCCGCCUGCUUUGACGUCAUCCGAGACAAAAAGGUUCUAACAAAAGACCUGGGAGGAAACUCAAAGUGCUCGGAAUUCACAGACGCAAUAUGUCAACGAGUGCGGGAUCUGGACUGAAAUGAUGCUAAUAAGACAAUAAGUUAAUUGUUGGGGUCUCUUAAUUCAUCAUGUUUUGUGGUAUCUGCACAUUUUAAACCAUAAUAUGUAUUUUAAAAGACUCAGGAGUUGGAGAUCCUGAAUGUUUUAUUAUUCCCUCUGCUCACUCCAAAGCACUGUCUUAAAACUACUGAGCAACAGUUACUGUAUAUGUGAUAUGCAUUUUAUUCCUAAACUGUUUAAUCUGUGGUGGAUAUUGUCUAUUUAUUGGCUGAAUUUGGCGUCUUGUCUAAUGUGAUUGACAUUGUUAUUUCGACGCAAUUCGUUACCUCCAUGAUCACUUGAGAAACACAAAAUGUCAACAAGUCAAACUCUACAUUAUGUUUGUGGAUAUAUUUCACAUUGAUAUCAAGCUUUAAUGAUUUAAACAUAAUCAAGCUACUGUAAUAUGAAACGUGCAGAUGUUUUGCACUCUUUCUUUCAUGUCACACUGUUUUUCUUGCUGCAAUAUAAUGAAUGUAUAAAGAAAAAUUAAUGUUGCAAUGAAA